AGAGGAGGGCGCUCUUCAGCUGAACGGAACUGGUGUCAAAUUUCGUCGAAGGCUGAAAUCUGACAUAAACAGGAAGAGAGUACGUGUGUUUGUAUACUUUGAUGAAGUCUGCGCGGGUUUAAGUGAUCAUGGGCAAGAGCUGCAAGGUGGUGGUGUGCGGCCAGGGGUCAGUGGGGAAAACCGCGGUUCUGGAGCAGUUACUGUACGCCAACCAUGUCGCAGGUUCGGAGACCAUGGAGACGCUUGAGGACAUUUACAUCGGGUCUGUGGAGACGGACCGCGGCACCCGAGAGCAGGUGCGGUUUUACGACACGCGAGGACUGCGCGACGGUCACGAGUUUCCGCGGCACUACUUCACGUUCGCCGACGGCUUCGUGCUCGUCUACAGCAUCGACAGCAAAGAGUCCUUCAAGCGCGUAGAGGCUCUGAAGAAAGACAUCGACCGCUGCCGUGACAAAAAAGAGGUGACGAUUGUCGUUGUGGGUAAUAAGCUGGACCUGCAGGAUCAGAGGAGAGUGGACAGUGAAGCGGCUCAGCAGUGGGCACGGCAGGAGAAGGUCAGGCUGUGGGAGGUCUCCGUGACCGACAGGCGAACGCUCAUCGAGCCCUUCGUCCACCUGGCCAGCAAAAUGACCCAGCCUCAGAGCAAAUCCACCUUCCCACUCAGCCGCAACAAGAACAAGGGCAGCGGCUCCCUGGACAGCUAGACACGGAGAAGAUGGCAAUAGCGCUGGCAGAGGAACAUAAAGAUACGUUAGAAGAGCGACGCCGGGCAAAUCUCUAAAGAGUGACAUCAACAGACGCUCGAUUUUAUAUCUUUCAAAACAUUUGAACUUGGAGUGCCGUUAUAAGUUUAGCACACUGUAUGAAGUUACUGCAUUAAUGAAGUUUUAUAUUCUUAAACAGGAUAGAAUCCAUGUGUUGCUGUGAUAUAUUUAUCUCAUGCUUAUCUCAAAGCAACCGACUGACAAAAAUACUGCUUUUACACUGAAAUAUAUAUAUAUAUAUAUAUAUAUAUAUACCUCUACAUUGCAAAACGUUGUUAUAUCUUAUGAGAAAUCAUCUAUUAUGUUCUAUUAUGACAUAUUUAAUGAGAUUUGUGCCAUGACGACUGCUCUCUUGUGACGUCAACUUGACAGAAGGUUGUCUUAAUCGAGUUAAGGAGACCGCGUGAAUGUUUUGCUUAUUUUCAGGUGUUCAUAUUUUACGUCGGACACAUUCCUAUACAAAUGCUUACUGAUUUAUUCCAUAAGAACACCCAAGUAAGUGAAAUUUGUGUCUGUUUGAUUGUGCGUGAGAGUUCACCGCUGUGCCAUUGUACUUUUAACCCCGAUGACUGCAUUUCUUGAGUAUUCAGUCAUAUUGUGUAACGUUAGCUUUUAGUAGUGAACCUAUACAUUUCUGUUCUGGAAAAAGUAUGACCCAUAAAGAUCUGACUCUUAUUUUUAGCAGAGAUCGCUUUCACAUGCAUUUUGACAUGUCUGUUUAAAAUGUUUUGUCUGAAACAAAGACUGUAUAAGCAGCUUUUUCGUAUCUUAAUAAAGAUAUCGAUCACA